CGAUAGUUUGUCUUAAAAUAGGAAAAUGGCGAGCAUGACGAUUUUGAGAAGAAUAGCAACGGCGAAAUGGAUGGAUUCAAGAUCAGUGAUGGUCUCGAUUGCUAGUCCAYUGUUAUUCCCGCCCAUGCUGUUGAUACUGCUGCUCUUAUCGAUYCUUUUCGYUGCCGAUACCGUAAAAGCAUUUUCUGCUACAAGCACUACGCAUACAAACUUUCACUCAGUCCGAAACGCAAAUGCAAAUCCACAUUGGUGCGCACAGACGAAGGGCACUUUGGUGUGCAUGCCUCUUGCAUCCACUUCCUCCUCGCUUGCCGCAUYUUCUUCUUUAGAAGAUCCCGAAGAAGGAGACGAGCCCACCCUAAUGGUUCCAAAAGAAGCCUUCACGUCCGAAGCUGAGAUUGCYGAGCGGGCCAACGAAAUGCUUUCAGGAAGCAAUGACAACGUCGACUUGCGCAGCGAGCUGGAAAAUUCAUUUCUGCAGUAUGCYCUUUCAAUCAUUUUGGGGCGGGCGCUUCCGGAUGCCCGGGACGGACUGAAGCCCGUCCACCGGCGCAUCCUGUUCGCCAUGCAGCAGCUCAAGCUCAAUCCCAAAGGCUCUCACCGUAAAUGCGCCCGCGUAGUCGGAGAAGUCCUGGGGAAAUAUCACCCGCACGGUGACAUGAGYGUCUACGACGCGCUUGUACGAAUGGCCCAGGACUUUUCCACMUCCUACCGGCUCAUCGACGGACACGGAAACUUUGGUUCCGUUGAUGCCGAUCCCGCGGCGGCCAUGCGUUAUACCGAGUGCCGUCUCACGUCGCUGGCAACAGAGGGGCUAUUAGAGGAACUUGAUCUAGAUACUGUGGAUUUUGCGGCAAAUUUCGACGGAAAUGAAGAAGAGCCAACCGUCCUUCCAUCCAAGCUCCCGCUUCUCUUGCUCAACGGGAGCUCUGGGAUCGCCGUUGGGAUGGCAACGAACAUUCCUCCUCAYAACCUGCGGGAGAUUGUGGCGGCCUGCAAGGCACUGAUCGAAACCGAACGAAUGUCUACCGAGACCCAAACGAAAAGCAAGAAGGUCAAAAAGGGAAUCCUUUCGGACGACGAACUCUUCGAACUUGUUCCGGGGCCGGAUUUUCCAACGGGGGCGACGAUUCUAGGUACUUCCGAUGCAAAAAAAUUGYACACCACUGGCAACGGUCGGGUCCUGGUCCGAGCCAUCACACAUCUUGAACAAAUAAAAGGAAGCGGAAAGAAGAGCCGCAACGCCAUUAUCGUUACUGAGCUGCCCUACCAGGUCAAYAAGGCGGCCCUACUGGAACAGAUAGCUAACCUUGUCAACGACAAAAAGCUUGAAGGCAUUAGUGAUCUGAGGGACGAAUCAGACCGGGAUGGCAUACGCAUCGUCCUUGAACUCAAACAACGCGAUGCAAACCCGAAGAUCGUACUAGCAAAUCUUUACAAGAAGACAAAAUUGCAGACAUCAUUUUCGGGAAACUUCUUGGCUCUCAUGAAGCCAGACUCUGUUUCGACAUCCGUAGAAAGCACAACGAAAGGAAGCAGUGCAAAGGCAUCUUCCUUUGCUCUGACACCCCAGAGRUUUACCCUUCGAGAUGCUCUAGACUACUUUUUGGAUUUUCGAUUUGAAACAAUACGGAGAAAAACGAGUUWUCAGUUGGGGAAGGUCCAAGCACGAACACACAUCGUCGAUGGGCUUUUGCUCGCGCUGGACCGCAUCGAUGACGUCAUCGAAUUGAUAAGGACCAUGCCGGAUCAAGCAGCCUGUCGUGCAGCACUGAUGAAAAUUGACGAAUCAGCUUCCAGUGGCAAGAACAAAAACAGUGAGCUUGCCCUUGGUCUGUCCCGUAUCCAGGCCGACUCUGUGCUAAAAUUGCAAUUGGGACAAAUGACGAGACUGAGCCACGAUAAGCUCAGCGAAGAACGCGACGAGCUGGAAUCUCGCCGAAAGGGCUUCCAAAGGAUUUUGGACGAAGACAAUGCGGUGUAUGAACUCAUGAUAGAAGAAAUGGCCGACCUGGAUCGCAAAUAUGGAGUUGAACGACAAUCAAAAAUCAUCUACGAUGAGGAUGGCGAGGUCCAAGAAUUGGAUAUGGUGAAAAAUUCGAGAUCGGGUAAGUUACAGCGUGCUCUUUGCCAUUUGUAACGCGUUGCUUGUGUGACUUCCUGCGGGGCAUAUCUUUCCUUCGUUUUGAAACAACAUACUGACGAUAAUGAUAUCCGGAUUCAUAGUUAUCGUGGUGACCCGGGGGGGUUACAUCAAACGGAUGGAAUUGAAAACCUUCGAGAGCCAGCGCAGGGGUACAAGGGGAAAGCGAGGCACGUUUGCMGGCGAUUCCUCUUCGAUUGACGAUGAGGUGAUGCACUGCAUUACCUGUAACGAUCGCGAUACUCUUCUUAUGAUCAGCCAGGAUGGUGUUGCGUAUGGUUUACGUGCAUAUCAGGUCCCUUCGGGUAGCCGAACUGCAAAAGGAACACCACUGCCAUCGGUUCUUCCCAUCAACAUUGGCGAAUUAGUCACGGCCGUGUUGCCAGUUACCGAGUUCACGGAAGAAGAAUACUUGGUAUUGGCCACGAAACAAGGCAUGAUAAAGAAGACACCGCUGGAUGCGUUCGAGAAAAUAUCCGCACGAGGGUUGAGAAUUGCGACAUUGGCAGAUGAUGAUAAAUUAAAGUGGUGCCACAUUUGUACCGACAAAGACGACAUUCUGAUCGGUUCAUCACGGGGUAUGGCAUCUCGUUUCGAAGCUUCGAAACUGCGCCCCACCGGACGUWCCAGCAAGGGCGUAAAGGCAAUGAAACUCCGCGACGGUGACACAAUUGCCGACAUGAAUAUAUUAGGAGGGGCGGGCGCUGGAGCAAAACACAAGAAAGAAGAAUUCGUUCUUUGUAUCACCGAACAAGGCUACGGAAAACGUGUAUCGACAGAUGCAUUUCGGUCUACCUCUCGAGGGGCUGUUGGUGUGAUUGCAAUCAAAUUCAAAAAGAAAUCUUCCGCGGAGAACGACUCAGACAAGGUGAGUUGUUUCAGUAUCGUGAACGAGAGUGAUGAGAUUUUAGCCAUCACGUCGAAGGGUGUCAUGGUUCGGCAAAAAGUGGCUCAGAUUCCAUGCCAGAGUCGUUCUGCCACUGGGGUCAUGGUCCAAAAGGUGAACGAUUCCGAUCGAAUUACGACCAUUAGCCUUGUGCCUACACGAACGAUUGAUUAAAGUAACUCUUUAGCCUUAGCCCUAUAAGUUUAACUC